GUAUUACAUAGAAGGAGUGAUAAAAUGUUAAUUCAUAGCAGGCUAGUAUAUAGAAAAUGUUAUACAGCUGUAUAACCCCACCAAAUUCAUAUACAAACUGCUUGUAUGUUUUCUACAUAAACUAUGUCGAAUAUAUAAUCUAGUAAUUUAAAAUUUGUCAUUGAUAAAUAAUUGACAUAUCACAUUUUUAUACACUAGCCUGCUAUUAAUAAAAAAAAAUAGCAACUGAUGGUGCAUCGUCCUCUUUUUUCUAAUUAUAUUUGCAUAAGAAGAAAGGAGGCAACCAUGUGAUUUACAGUUUUUAUUUUAUCAUUCCUUCUAUGUAAUGCCUUGUUAUUAGGUUUUAUAUAAAUCUGUAGCUUUUUGCUUUUAAAUGUCCGAUAUUAGCAACACUAAUAGUGUCUGUAAUCUGUGGUUGAAAGUCAUAUUCUACAUAAAUAUUUCUUGGUCAGAAAUUCUGAUUAACCUCUUAUUUACUUAGCCGGGGACCAGCUGUAACUUGUUUCUUUUCCUUUUCUUGUAUUUACCAAUACAAUUUUGUCUUCUGUAAUUCAAUUGUCAUUUUUUUUUUCUUAUUUAUAUUUCAAGUUCGAUAAUCUUUUGUUCCCCAUAUUCAUGUAUUCAGACUAAAAGGAAAAAUAUUGGUUUCAUUAAAAAUAAAAAUUAGACAUCAAAUUUAAUCAUUACAUUAUAUUAAACUGUUAAUUUUGCCAACAUUGUAGAAUUUUUAAUUUAAACUAUUACAAGUGUUCUCAUUAGUGCUAUAAAAACAUUAAUGCCUGUAAAAGCUAACUAUAACGAUGGCUGACAUAAAAACACUUUUAAAGGAAGCAAAAAAACUGAUUGUUGAAAAUAAGUUUAAAGAAGCUCAAGAAUGCUGUAAAAAUAUUCUACGAAAGGAUAAGCAGAAUUAUAUGGGGUUAGUGCUUCUUGGGAAAUCUCUUCAAGAUUCUGAUCAAGCUCCUUUGGCAUACCAAAAAGCUAUAUCAAAUAAACCUGACCAACCAUUGGCAUGGCAGGGCUUAGCCAAUUACUAUGAAAAAAAUGAUGAUAAACUGAAGUUAUUCUCUGUUUAUGAUGAAAUUCUUAAAUUACAAUUAGAAGAAGACAAAACAUUAGAAGUUAUAGCAAAGCUAGGUCAACUUGGGUGUACUUUGAAAAAUAGUGAGUCAGUUAGAACAUUUGCAAAUUAUUUGAAUACAAACUGUAAUGAAAGACUACGUCUAGCAGCAGAAAAUCAAUUUAUAAAUAUUUUAAAAGCUGAUGUUCCUUGUAAAGAAGAGAAUAUAUCCAUUAUAUUAAAAGUUCUUGAUGAAAUAUAUAAAAAAGACCCAAAUGACGAAUUAGAAAUUCUGUGUGGAAAAGUUAUAAUACAACAAAGUGACUAUAUUUCGGCUUUUAAGGAAGUAAUCAAUUUGAAAUAUUUUUCUUCAAAUGUUGUUUUGCGAGAAUUACUAUGUAAACACUUAUGUCGGAUCUUUGUUGAGAAUAAAUCAUUCUUUGGAUUUGAUAUUGAUCAAUAUAUAGAUAGAAUCACAGAAGGGGUAGAAAACUCUAAUUACCCUGGCCUUUUAAGAAGUAUGAUAAAUUUUGAUAAAGGAUAUUAUUUAGAUGCAUAUAAACAAUGCAUACCAUUAAUAAAUUAUAAUCAAGCUGAUGUUACAGAAGCUACUUUUAUUAUAAAUUGUACAAUUAUGCUUAAAAAAUGGUCCACAACACAAAAACUGGUUACAAAUUUUUUGACAAAGGUGAAAGAUCAAAAUUUCAGUGUGUUUCUUAAAAAAAAGUUGUUUUUGUCAUUAGCAAAACAAAAAAAAUGGAGUCAUGCAAUUUUCACAGCUCAACAGAUUUCUUUAGAUUCUUUGGAUACAGAUGAGAAAGCCAUUCUUGCGGAAUGCUAUAUUGAGUCUGAUGAAUCACCUGACCAAAUUAUUAAUUUACUACAAUCAACUGAUUAUUUUUCACGACUUAAAGCUCAAGUAUUUUUAAGACAAGGAAAAUAUGCAGAUGCAAUAAUAUUAUUAGAAGAAAACCCUAAUAAUUACUUGAAUUUGUUUUAUUUGGGGAAAACAUAUUGGGACUUAAAACAAUAUGAAAAAUGUCUAAUGAAUCUUCUAAAAUCUGCUAAGCUUAAUUCUGAACAUGGAGAAACAUUUUUAUAUCUAGGUCAUGUAUACAAUUACAGAAAUGAUUUGCUGAAGGCUAAAAAAUGUUAUGAAAAAGCUCAUAGCUUAGUUAAUACAGAUAGUGAAUGUAUAAAACAUUUGAGUGAAACCUAUAUUAAACUGAAUAUGAAAGAAGAAAAUUUUAAAUUACUUACAACAGCAGAACACAAUAUAAAAAUAAAUGAAUCCUGGUUGAAUUUCAGGUUAGGAUUGCAUUACUUAAAUAUUAGAGAAUGGGAAAAUGCAAUUGUGAGUUUUAGAAAUGUUAUUAAAAGUAAUAAGAAUGAUAUAAUUGCAUUUGAAUGUCUAGCCGAUGCAUAUUAUUCUAGGGGUUCUUUCACAUCUGCAUUAAGAGCAUACAAUAAAGUAAAAACACUUGAUCCUAGUAAAACAGCUCAUUGCCUUACAAGGAUUGGAUAUAUCUAUACAUUACUGACACAAUAUGAAGAUGCAAUAGAUACUUUCAAAAAAGUAUUAGAAAUUAAUCCCUAUUCUCUUUUGUCCUUGAAAGGAAUUGCAGAAACAUGGAUUAAAAUUGCAAAGAAAAAAGCCACAGCUAAAUUAUAUGGAAGUGCUAGAGAUUGUGCUCAGCAUGCAAUAGAAUAUGUUAUUAGGGCUAUAAAACAAAAUCAAUUUUUAUGCCUUUGGAAGCUCUUAGCAGAUACCUUAAUGUUUAUAACAAAAUUGCCAAGUAAAUAUACCUAUGCCUACCUAAAAAACACUGAAACCAAUGCAGAUUCAGAAAAAAUUGAAAAAAAUGAUAUACUAUUAAAAGCAAUUGCAUGUUAUUCUCAUAUAACAAAACAAAAGCAACAAUCAGCUUCAUAUGAUUUAGCAUCAGCAUAUCUCGCUUAUUACCAUGAAACUAAUAAACAAGCUGAUUGUAAAAUAUCUUUUCAAUUGACAUUAAUAUGCAUUAAAGAAAAUCCUACUAUCUGGCGCAAUUGGAACUUGCUUGGUAAAAUAUGUCUGUUUAUAAAAAAAUAUGAUAUAGCUCAACAUUGUUUCAUCAAAGCACUGUCAGUAACCCGUAAAUGGUCUGUAGCAAAGAUAUGGUCCAAUUUAGGGACUUUAUAUUUAAAAUUAAAACUUCAUAAGUUAGCUAAUUAUUGUUUCUGGCGUGGGCAAUCAACAUUACCAUCCCAUGCCCAAAGUUGGAUAGGGCAAGGAUUAAUAGCAGAAGCUAUACGCGAAGAAGAGGCAAUGGAUCUCUUCAGACACGCAUCACGAUUGGGUUACCACCCUGAGAGUGCCCUUGGUUAUGCUGAUUGGGUUUGCCGAACUUUAAAGAAAAAUAAAUAUAAGGAAAGCCCAGAGUCUAGAUAUGAAAUUGAUGGACUUCAUGCCAUUCCUUAUGCUAUUGAUUUAGUUGAAUGGUUUUCUAGCUUUGAACCAAAUGAUGCAUGUGCAUGUACAAUUCUUGGAAUACUCCAAGAAAGGAAUGGACUUCUUAGAGCUGCAUAUAAUUCUUAUCAAAAAGCUCUAAAUUAUGCAGAAGAAGGCAAAAAAAACAUAACUCUUCUAAAUCUUGGUAGAAUUUUACUCAGAUUGGGAAAAUAUGAUGAAGCUAUUAAAACAUACAAAGCUAUAACAGAAGCCAGCUUAGAUUCUACUUGUGGUCUGGCUCUUGCACUUUUUAAAAAGGCUUCUUAUGAAGAAUCCUAUUCUGUUUAUGAUACUGCCUUGCAUUGGUUGAGCAAUGAAGAUGAUGAAAAGGCUGAUUUGCUUGUGGCUAUGGCCAGUAUUAUGUAUAUGUUUAAAGGACUAGAUGAUGCCAAAACUAUAGUAUUUCACAGUAUUCAAAUAUCUCAGAAAAAACCAACAGCUAAUAGUUUAUUCGCCAUUUGUUCACUUGGCUUAUUACAUUCUGAUCAAAGCUUGACUAAACUUGCAUUACAUGAAUUACAAAAAUAUGAGAAUCAAAGUGAUUAUGGAUUUGAUAUAGGUUUCUUAAAGUCAUACCUUCUUGUAUGUGAAAAUAACAUAGAUCAGGCAAUAAAAUUAUUAAGUGAUUCGCUUCAUGAUCAUCCGAGUAAUGCACUUUUGUGGUACUUUAUGUCUGAGUAUUGUCUAAGAGCAUCAAAUACAAAGGCAAAAGCAGCUAGUAAUUGUGCUCAAAAGGCUUUAUGUUCUGCCCGCUAUAGUGAACAAUAUUGUGAUCCAGCAAAAAUGAUUGCUAUGGCUAGUAUAGCAGAACACAUAGCAGGCGACCAUACUAAAGCCCUGUUACUAGCUAAAGAAGGACUUCACAUAUAUCCACAACAAUGCGAGAUAUGGGCGGCCUUAUUAUUCGCGCUACUAUCACAUAAAAUGUGGAUUAACCAAAAAGAUUGGAUAUUAGGUGCAGCUAAUCACAUGCGCCGCCAUUUAGAUAUAACAAGACCACUGAGCAGAUGGAUUAGUCUUUUAGAGAAAAAAGUUGGUAAAUAAUGAUUUAUUGAAUUUUACAUGUCACUGACAUACUAGACUAAUUUAUCUAUACAAAUAUAUAAAGCAAGUUUGUUUCUUUGAAUGCACUAAUCUCUGUAACUAUCAAUCGGAUUUGGAAAAAUAUUUUUACAUUUCAUUGCUCAUUUGUGAAAAAGUAUAAUCUAUUCCGCAUCUCAAUACUAUUUUUUUUAUGGAUGAAAAUGGUAUGGUAACCCCUCCUGCGCUAACGGUAUACGCUGGCGGAGCACCAGUGAAGGGUGAUAGAUGAGAAUGAAAACAGGCCAUUUAGCCCAUCAUGAUGAAUUCAUCGGGAAUUAACCAUGAUAGUUUCCAAGGGGAACCGCGAGGAGGUCGACCUGGUUGGGUAUAUUACUAGCAAUGGGAUUCUCAGUCUCCAUUACUAACAAUCCCUAUUACCAGCAAACAUACGGGAUAUAGCUAAUAAUAAAUACAUCUACAUAAAAAUUUCCUUACCUAUUUAAAUUACGGUUAAAUAAGUAUUUUCAUCCAUGAUGUUUUACUUUAACGUUUACGCCGCCGGCUAGACUGUCUCAUUGGACGGCGCGUACCACCGGCGGUACGCAAUAGACUGUCUUAUCUGGCAGCACGUACCACCGGUGGCUCGCACUAGACUGUCUUUUCUGGCGGCUCGUACCACCGGUGGUACGUAUUCGAUCAUGAAGCGUAGCAUCAAUUAGAGCGCCGCCUCGCAGCAAAAACAUUAAAGUCGGCCCCGGCGUGAACGUGUUAAAUAUAAUCUAAUCCUUAUCCAUCAAAAUUAAAACAUAAAUCCAUCAUAUAUGCACUGUAGGAAAUGUAUAUAGGGAAAAAGUGUAAAAGAAAAAUAGUUCAAUAGCAUAAACAAGCUUAUGAGUGAUUUGACAUUUUUAUAAGGAGCUAAGAAUAUUAUACUAAUAUCAGUUUACUUAUCCCAUCUAUAUGUGCUUGUCUUUUAAUGGGAACUUUGUGUUUUUGAUCAGAUAAUGUUUGUAUUUUUAUAUGCUAUUAAUUAUCAUAAGAAUAAAACAAUAUUAUCAAGCA